AUGGAACUGGAAAACCACACAGAGAUUCCAGUAUUUCUCCUACUGGGACUUUCUGAGAAUCCAGAAACUCAAUCUGUGUUGUUUGGCCUGUUUUUGUUGUUGUACCUGGUGACCAUCUUUGGGAACCUGCUCAUCAUCCUGGCCAUUCUCACAGACUCCCACUUGCACACACCCAUGUACUUCUUCCUUUCCAACCUGUCCUUUUCUGACAUAUGUUUCACCUCUACCACUGUCCCGAAGAUGUUGCUGAAUAUCCAGACACAAAACAAAGUCAUCACCUAUGCAGGCUGCAUCACCCAAAUGUACUUUUUCACAGUUUUUGGUCUUUUGGACAAUUUACUUCUGACUGUCAUGGCCUAUGACCGCUUUGUGGCCAUUUGUCACCCCCUGCACUAUCCUGUCCUAAUGGAUACCAGGCUCUGUGCCCAGUUACUACUCCUGACUUGGCUCCUCAGUGGGCUGGGAGCCCUACCUGAGAGUAUGACUGCCCUGCGCCUCUCUUUCUGUGCUGUUGUGGAAAUCCCACACUAUUUCUGUGAACUCCCUGAGAUCCUCAAGCUCGCCUGCUCUGACACCUUCAUGAACAGUAUCGUGUUAUAUACUGUGACAGGGGUCAUGGGAUUUUUUCCUCUUGCUGGGAUACUUUUCUCCUAUUCUCAAAUUGUGGCUUCUAUCCUGCAGAUCUCAACCAAAGGAGGGAAGUAUAAAGCAUUUUCCACCUGUGGUUCGCACCUCUCAGUUGUCUGCUUGUUCUACGGAACAUGCUUGGGGGUCUACCUCAGCUCCACAUGGACACAUGCCUCUUUGACAGGGGUAUUUGCCUCUGUCUUGUACACUGUGGUCACUCCCAUGAUGAACCCCUUCAUCUAUAGUCUGAGGAACAGGGACAUGAAGAGGGCUCUGAGAAUUCUUUUAUGUGGUCUGAUGUAUUCAAAGUGA